CUUGCUUUGACCACCCAGCCAUUCGCACCAAGUCGACAGACACCAUGCUCCGUCGACACUUGUUGGCGUCUUCGACGGCUAUUUCCAGUCGGAGCUUUAGUAAAAAGGCAGCGCGAAGAGCCGCCGCCGUCGCUACACCUGCUGCUGCCAAUAGCAGUGAGUUCAAAGUGACUCCGGCAGCAGUCGCGGCGGAAGCCAAGGAAGUGUUCAAGAUGAUGUUUGGGACGUUUACGAUCCUGCUUGGCAGUGGCUUGGGCAUUGGGUACGCUGUCGAGAACUACAAGCGGAUGCAUCCACCGACGCCACCUGGUCAGUUGUUGGAGAUCACGGUGAACGGCCAGCGCUCGGUUGUCCACGCGCAAGUGCGCGGAGGUCGUCAAGGAACAACCUCAAAGGGCACGGUGUUGCUGGACGGAAGUCUGGGCGAAACGUCGUUUGACUGGGACAAAGUCAUUGCAGCUUUGCCAGAAGACACGGCAGUCGUCGCCAUCGACCGCCCUGGUCUGGCUUUCUCGACGCCGAGCCCUUUGCCUCGCACCUCUGAGACGAUAUCCAAGGAGUACCAGCAGGUCUUAAGCCAGCUUAAUGUGACUGGACCGUUGGUGCUGGUGGGUCAUGGCACUGGUGGCUACCAUAUGCGCCAACUCGCCGCAGACUUGGCGCCGACAGGGGGAAACGUGACGGUGGCGGGGCUCGUCUUACUCGAUGCCAUGCAUGAAUCCGUAACCCCAGCCCUGGACCGCAUCUCGCCCCACGUGCACGAAGCGUUGGCAUCACGACGACAAAAUGCGGCGACUUUGUUAAAAAUGUCCCAUGUGGGUGUGGUGCGGCUCGUGCACACGGUGCAAGCCAAGCGCAAUGCCGAGCGAUUUUCUGCGACAUCGUUGCCGUACGUCGACUACUUUACGCCGAGUCCGCCCCAUCGACGAGGCAUUGUGCAUGAAAACGAAGGUGUUGACGUGAUUGAAACCAACUUGACGACAUCUCCGCUGCCCCGGCUCUCGGUGCCCGUGGUCGUGCUCUCGCACGGCAACCACACCAUGUUUAUGUCGAUGAAGAUGGAGCCAGGCAUCACAAACGACGUGGUGGAGCAGAUGGAGACGCAGUGGGCCGCGGGACAAGCCGCCCUCGCCGAGCUCAGUGCUACCUCCGUCCACCGGAUUCUGCGGGACGCCGGCCACGACAUCGCGCACGACAAGCCGGACGUUGUCGCCAAAGCCAUCUUGGCCGUGCUGCAUGAAAGCCGCGGCGAUGCCGACGCGGGCCUCCGAUCGCUGGACGACACUGUAUAGAUAGAUGCAAUAUAUACAGUAUAGUAGCUAGCAUGCACCACACAUUGGAGUGAGAGUAAACCCCAUUCAAAACUCUUGUGUACGAUGUACACCAGUCUAG